AUGUCUGCUGGUUUACACGUUGAUGUAGCAGCUAAUAGUCUUGGUUGGUGUAAAGUACGUUUUUAUUUAUUACAACUCUGUGCACUUACAUCAGUUUCAUGCAUUUGUUAUGCUACAAUUGAUCAAUAUUUUAUUUCAUCUCAAUCUGAAACAUUACGUCGAUUGAGUAAAAUCUCUAACGUAAGAAGAGUUUUGUGUAUUUUAAUUUUAUUCUGGAUAUUAUAUUCAAUACCACUUGCACUCUUCUCAAGUUUGACUCAACUUAGCGAUGGAAGCAUUGCUUGUGUUUUUAUAAAUAAUUUAGGUUUUAUUCGAUUUGCUUCAUAUUUUAAUUUGCCUCUAAUAUGGGGUAUGGUUCCGAUUUCUAUCCUUAUUAUUUUUGGUAUUUUAACAUAUCGAAAUGUAAGUUUAUUGAGAAAUGCUCGUAAUCGUGACGCAGCUCAUCGUCAUCUAACAUCAAUGAUUCUUCUUCAUAUUAUUUUUAUUGUCAUUGGAACACUUCCAUACGCAUUCUAUUAUACAUAUUCAGCUAUUACAUUGUUUACUGCAAAAACAACUGAUCGAAAAGAUUUGGAAGCAUGUAUAUCAAAUAUCGUCGCUGUUAUUUUGUAUUGUCCUAACAGUUGCGCAUUUUUAGUUUAUUAUGUUGCAUCGGCUACAUAUCAGAAACAAGUUAAAAAGUUCUUACAUAUACCAGACAGAACUAUUCAAAUAGCACCUGAACAUACUGCUACAAUAGAACCAAAGACAAGAGCAAUGACAUAG